AAAGUGAAAGAGCUUUGGUGUCUUCCAGCAUUCGUUGUGGCAGACGGUAUAGAACAUGGAGCUAAACUGGCAGUAGAAACAGACAUAUUCGGCAAAACCUACACAUAUAAAAAAGACGGUGACGCCAAAGAAGCCACUGACAACAAGGAACUAAAACGCAAUACCGUUGUCUAUCCUUCCAUAGCUGUCCAGUGGCUUAAUUUCAUAACCUACUUGAUACUUCUUUUAGUCUAUGUACCUGGAGACAGAGGUCAUCUAACAGCCUUCUACUUUGUGAUUGCAGUUUCUGGAUUCGUGUUUGGUCUCAGUAAUGUGUUGACGUUUGCUAUUGAUGAUAAUUAUUUACCCAUCUACAUAGCUGGAGAAAACUCAUUUCCAGUCCUCACUUCUCUGAUCCACUACCUGUCAUCCCUAAUGUUUGGUAACAGAAGGAAGUGGAACAGUGACUUCCUGAUGGUCUACAUAGACCUUGUGGUAGCCAUUUUACUGUCACUCCUAUCAGCUGUCAUGUGGACCUUAGGAUAUGUUUCAAAGCAUCCAACAGAAGAUGACGCUCUCAAAUCUAAGGCCACUGAGGUAGUAAAAGCUAUCAUACAGGGUCUCAAUGAAAAGGUUGACAGACUCUCCGAAGCUGUGGUAGCUAAAGUUGAACAGGCUCUCAAAUCAGCUCAAGCUCAACAAGAUCCUGUCAAUCUUGAUCUCACCGAAACCAUCCAAGCUGUCCUCAAUGCUGCUAAUGGUCUCUCCACUAAAGCCGAUGCCGUCAAAACCCAACUCGAAGAACAUCUUGAAAUCACUAAUAUCCAAUCUGGUGUUCCUAAAUCUCAAGUCACUGAAGCCCUCGAAACCCUCACUGAUCCUGCUAAAAGACAAGCUGCCGUCGACAUAGUCAAAGGAGCUCUCGGUGGUACCACUGCCAAUGAUACCGCCAAAGUAGAGGACACUGAUCUUCAAGGACCGGCCACAGAAGCUCUCAAAACUGUCAAACUCCAAAAUCAGGCAGGUGCAGUCAAAACUAAUCUCAAAUCUGGUGGUAGUGGUAAAACCCAAAUAAAUAUCGGCGAUUCAAUCACUCAAGCCCUCACAAAACUUGAACAAAAUAAACCUGGUACUACUACUGGUGAAAAAGAACCCAAACCUGAGGCCGUCCAAGAUGUCCAAUCCGCUCUCUCUCAAGGUACUGCCAAAACCCAAUUCACUAGUCUAUGGCACAUUAAGGGCACUGAUGGCUACAGUAGUCUAGAUAGUGCCCAUUGGUACAUUAUGUUUCCAUUUCUUAUGGUCCUGGUUGGUAUGGGUCUGGUCUACUGCAUAUAUCCUGCCAUAGCUCCUGGAAUGAUUGUUCCAUUUUACCUCAUUGAUAAGAUUGAGAUGGUUCUGUUGAUAGCCACCAUAUUUCCAGCUCUGUAUGUAGCAAUUGCCAGAAGUGGUAAACUGAUACCAGGUUUUGGUGGUUUCUCAAGUGCAUGGGCUCCAACUACGAAAUGGUCAGGUGAGACUACUCUUAACUGGGGUCAAACAUGGAACUAUGAUCCUAACAAUUUUAGUUUCCUAUGGCACAUUACUGACCUCGUGAUUCCUACCAUGAUCAUUUUAGCCUAUUUAUUUAUUUACUCACUGCAUUACAGAGACUCAUCAGUUGCCAGAUCAAUCAUCAACCAACCCAAAAUGUCUACAUGUCUAACCAUUCUAUUCUAUAUGUGUCAUGAGAUCUCAUUGGCUGUAGGAUUUCCAGGUAUCUUUGGUGGUAAUGGAGGUGGUAGCAUCCUAGCCCUUACGGCACAGCUGAUAGGUGCAUUUCUGAUGUGUCUGUUAGCUCCAUAUUCUGAAGGUUACAUUAUUGAGUAUAAGAGACAUGAUCCUAGCAAUUGGCCUACAGCAGGAAUGACUAGGUGGAAUGCCCUUAGGUACUGGACCAAACAGGCCUCCAAGAACUGCAAUAAGAACCUAGCAGCAUUGUUCACCAAGGACCUGAGAAGAGACCUGUUACUAUGCAUAGAAAGAAAUGAGCUAAUCUAACAAAAGUUAAAGUAAUCUAAUACUAAUGGAGGGAGAAUGUAAUCUAACAAAGUGGUAAUCUAACACCAGAGUAAGAGUAUGAUGUAAUCUAAUAAAGCUUAAUGUAAUAAAGUAAAGUGAUAAUGUAAUGUAAUAAA